CCCCUGAGCAGAGAUCCCACUCUCCCGGGCGCUGCUACUCACACAGGCUUCCAGCCGCCACGGGGCGUCCUCUGUCUGCGGCAGCGGCGGCGGCGGCGGCGGCGGCGCGAGCGGCGGCUGCAGUCUGGCCCCGUCUGGCUGCUCUGCGCCCCGGACGGAGUCCGGCAGAAGCGCGAUCGGGAGGAGACGCCGAGGCGAGGAGGAGCCGCGCCGCGCCCCGCGCUCGCUUGCCUUGAAUCCCCGCACCGUAGCCCCAGCGGAACUUCUCAACCAGAAUGCAGAGGGGGGAGAGAUGAAGCAAGGUCCAAUUGCAGAGAAAAUGGUACCACCACUUUAGAAAACGGUUGACAUUUACCCAGCAGUUCUCCUCCAGGUCCUUGGCAGCCAGCAUGGUCAUGUAUUGAUAAAGAGGAGAGAAACUCAUCGUGCUAAGCAACCGACAACUUGCAAAAUCAGAAGCCAAAGCAGACCUGAGUCCCAACAGGGAGACCACAAGGGGGCCCAGCACGGGAAGUGAGCUGGUUCCCAAGAAGUGAAGCAUUUGGCAUGUCAGUGCUAUACUGUCUUCUGUGGGAAUUCCUUUGAGCAGCAUCUAUAAAACACUUUUUAUGAAUACGUUGUUUCAAUCAAGACCUGAAAGGACAGAUAUCCAUCUUCUUCUCUGCAGGCCAUUUUAAGAGUCCAAUGCUGUCCGAGGGGACCCUCCGCUCAGCUGUCAAAGCACGCAGGCGCCCCAUGGUGCUUGUAACUCAAUGGUAGAUGCAGUGGCUGCCUUCGAGAGCAUUGCCCAGUGUCCUCAGGAGCUCCCUCAGAUGAUGGCAGCAGCAGCUGAUGGUUUGGGGAGUCUAGCCCUGGACACCACGCAGCUCAACAUGUCCGUCACCGAUCCCACAGCCUGGGCCACAGCUAUGAAUAACUUGGGCAUGGUUCCCGUGGGGUUGCCUGGCCAGCAGCUCGUGUCUGACUCGAUCUGUGUGCCAGGCUUCGAUCCAGGCCUCAACAUGAUGACUGGAAUCACCCCCAUUAACCCGAUGAUACCAGGCCUGGGACUGGUACCACCCCCACCCCCAACAGAAGUGGCCGUCGUCAAAGAAAUCAUCCACUGCAAAAGCUGUACUCUUUUCCCCCAAAAUCCAAAUCUUCCGCCUCCUUCCACGAGAGAACGACCUCGGUGUAAGACUGUGUUUGUCGGAGGAUUACCAGAAAACGCCACGGAAGAAAUUAUUCAAGAAGUCUUUGAGCAGUGCGGAGAUAUUACAGCCAUCCGAAAGAGCAAGAAGAAUUUUUGUCACAUUCGCUUUGCAGAGGAAUUCAUGGUUGAUAAAGCCAUUUACCUUUCCGGUUACCGCAUGCGGUUAGGGUCUAGCACGGAUAAGAAGGACUCCGGCCGGCUUCACGUCGACUUUGCCCAGGCCAGGGAUGACUUUUACGAGUGGGAAUGCAAGCAGAGGAUGCGCGCCCGGGAGGAGCGGCAUAGACGCAAGCUGGAGGAGGACCGGCUGCGGCCACCCUCGCCACCCGCCAUCAUGCACUACUCAGAGCAUGAAGCCGCCCUGCUGGCUGAGAAACUGAAAGACGACAGCAAGUUCUCGGAGGCCAUCACGGUGCUGCUGUCCUGGAUAGAACGCGGGGAGGUGAACCGGCGCUCGGCAAACCAGUUCUACUCCAUGGUGCAGUCGGCCAACAGCCACGUGCGCAGGCUCAUGAAUGAGAAGGCCACCCACGAACAGGAAAUGGAGGAAGCCAAGGAGAAUUUUAAAAAUGCCUUAACCGGGAUCCUCACUCAAUUUGAGCAGAUUGUGGCCGUUUUCAACGCUUCUACCAGACAAAAAGCCUGGGACCAUUUCUCGAAAGCUCAGCGCAAGAACAUAGACAUUUGGCGAAAGCAUUCUGAGGAACUCCGGAACGCUCAAAGUGAGCAGCUCAUGGGCAUCCGCCGCGAGGAGGAAAUGGAAAUGUCUGACGAUGAGAACUGCGACAGCCCGACUAAAAAAAUGAGAGUCGAUGAAUCAGCCCUGGCUGCUCAGGCCUAUGCCCUCAAAGAGGAGAAUGACAGUCUCCGGUGGCAGCUGGAUGCCUACAGAAAUGAGGUGGAACUGCUAAAGCAGGAGAAAGAACAGCUCUUCCGGACAGAGGAGAACCUCACCAAGGACCAGCAACUACAGUUCCUGCAGCAAACUAUGCAAGGCAUGCAGCAGCAACUGCUGGCCAUCCAGGAGGAGCUGAACAACAAGAAAUCGGAACUGGAGCAGGCGAAGGAGGAGCAGUCUCACACACAGGCAUUGCUGAAAGUCCUCCAGGAGCAAUUAAAAGGCACCAAGGACUUGGUGGAGACCAAUGGCCACAGCCACGAGGAUGCAAAUGAAAUCAAUGUGUUGACAGUUGCAUUGGUUAACCAAGACCGGGAGAACAAUACUGAAAAAAGAAGCCCAGGCUUAAAAUCGGAGAAGGAGGCCCUGCUGAUAGGCAUCAUAUCAACGUUUCUUCAUGUCCACCCUUUCGGAGCCAAUAUAGAGUAUCUGUGGUCGUACAUGCAGCAGCUGGACUCAAAGAUAUCUGCCAAUGAAAUCGAAAUGCUUCUGAUGAGGCUGCCACGCAUGUUCAAACAGGAAUUCACUGGCGUGGGAGCAACGUUGGAAAAGAGAUGGAAGUUGUGUGCCUUUGAAGGAAUUAAAACGACCUAACCGAUGGCCAGGAAAGCUGGAAAUGAAGGGGUCCGAAGCCAGCCAGGGCUGGACGAGAGAGGAGCAGGAGGGCUGGGGUUGGCCAGCGUGGGACCUGUGUGGAGCCACCAAAGCCUUGUUCAGUGACAUCUGUGGCGUUUUCUUGUGAGUGGAAAUGUAAUUGUGUACCAGUUCCUUAAGCUAGACGAAGCCUCAUACUUUGCUAUGACAGACCUGUCCCUAUGAAUACCGAGCAAUGAUUCCACAGUCAAUGACCACAAAAAUCUCAAAAUAGGCGUUGUUGCAAAGUAGAACACCGAGCAAAUGCUUCAAGUUAAUGGCGGUGUAGCAAUGGUGGUUGCUAGGCUACAGAGUUGUAUAUGUAAUGUAUAGCUGAAAACAUUAAAUGACAUUUUCCUGAAGGUCUUUCUGUUAAUAAAACAAACAAACAAAAAAACCAACAAAACAAAAAAAAAGUGAUUUUACAGUGGGAAAAAAAUCAUACCAAAAGAAAACUUGAAUAUGUGUCUGAACAGUUAUUGUAUUUUGUAAAUUAAGUUAUAUGCUGUUCCAGGGACUUUUGCCUUAUUGCAGAGGCAGAAAACUAUGAUUGGACUCCUUGAGAAUGCUUUAUCAAGGAUAUUAUUUUUCUAAUGUAACAGUUCUCCAUCGUGCGUUCUUUUCACAUGGACUACAUAACAAUUUUCAUAAAAUGUGACUAGAGGGAAGAACUACAUCUGCUGUCCUGUGCUUGGUAUGUAGCAUUCAGGUUUAUGCAUCGAAAACCAUUCGGAAAAUAUUCCUCUUACAAAUUUUAUAGCAAAUAUAUUAAUUUUUUUCAAUAAAUCUUGACUUCUACCAUA